CCAAGGAAAAAGGAAAAAAAAAAAAAAAAGCCUACCCAACAAGCUCAUAGUGGCUUGGAACCCACUUUAGACGCGCUCAAUGGAUUGGUCUAUUUCACUUUCCGCUCAACGCUAUAAAAAAUGAGAUCAAAUCAGUUUUUCCCCUUUUCAGUUCGUUCUUCCCCAUCAUCAUGGCAUCAUCCGUUGCUGUUGGAACCACCGAGCCCACCUUGUUUACUCGUCAACAACUCGAAAAGAUCAACCAGGAUGUGAAGGACGGGGUUCCUGGCGCUCGAAAGUAUAUCAUUGUCGAUAACAAAUUGUAUGAUGUGACGGAUUUUGUCGACGAUCAUCCUGGAGGCGCGGAUGUGUUGUUGACUCACGUUGGCAAAGACGCUUCCGAUGUGUUCCACGCCAUGCAUCCUGUUUCCGCUUACGAGUUGCUGGCCAACUGCUAUGCCGGAGAUUUGGAAUCGGCGCCGGUGGCCAAGGAAAAUAUGUCAUCCAGUGCCGCAUUUGCCCAGGAAAUGCGUGAAUUACGCGAUAAAUUAACCGAUGAAGGAUAUUUCAAAGCAAGCAACCUGUUUUACGUUUACAAGGUAUUGUCAACCUUGGUAUUAUGCGGUGUAUCCUUGGGCCUUAUCUACAAGUGGGGCCAUUCUACUUUGGGGGUCGUGGUGUCGGCCGUUAUUCUCGGCGUCUUUUGGCAGCAGUGUGGUUGGUUGGCCCACGAUUUUGGUCACCAUCAGUGUUUUGAGACCCGCCAACUGAACGAUAUCCUGGUCGUCUUCCUCGGUAAUUUUUGUCAAGGUUUUUCGCUGUCGUGGUGGAAGAACAAGCACAACACCCAUCAUGCCAGCACCAAUGUGAGCGGUCAUGAUCCCGAUAUCGAUACCGCCCCGGUGCUGUUGUGGGACGAAUACGCUUCCGCCAAUUACUACGGCUCACUGUCGGACGAGCCAGGCAUGAUCUCACGAUUCCUGGCCGAAAGCGUCCUUCCCUAUCAGACACGCUAUUACUUCUUUGUUCUUGGAUUUGCCCGUAUCUCGUGGGCCAUUCAGUCGUUGCUCCAUUCGUUCCAGGAAGGCGCUAUCAACAAAUCCGCCAAACUCAACUUUUACGAACGCGCCUGUUUGAUCGCUCACUGGGCCCUUUUCACCUAUUGCACGAUUGCCUGGAUUGAUAAUAUCACCAACAUGAUCCUUUUCUUCGUCAUCAGUCAAGCGACCACCGGCUACGCCCUCGCCAUCGUGUUUGCUCUGAACCACAACGGCAUGCCUGUCAUCAGUCAGGAAAAGGCGGAAACCAUGGAAUUUUUCGAGAUUCAAGUUGUCACCGGUCGUGACGUUGUCCUCGGUCCUCUCGGUGAUUGGUUUAUGGGAGGAUUGAACUAUCAGAUUGAACAUCAUGUUUUCCCCAACAUGCCCCGCCAUAACCUGAAAAAGGUCAAACCCAUGGUUCAGUCACUUUGCAAGAAAUACGGCAUCCACUACCACAAUACCACCUUUAUCAAAGGCACGUUUGAGGUCUUGCAAGCCCUGGACAUCGCCCAGCAAUUGUCGCUCAAAUUGAGCAAAAAAGCUUUCUAGACCUUUUUUUAUUUCUAUUUUCUCCCCUUCUCAACUUGUCCACUUUGUCCACCUCAUGUUACAUCUAAUUCCUUUUUUCUUUUCGUCUUUUAUAUCGCCUCAUUCACCAUAAAUUUUCCCUUUUUUUAUUUUCCGUUUUUAUUCGCUGCUUUUUGUCAUGACCCAUCUCGUUAUUGCUUUGGAGAUAUAAAACUCAAAAAAUAAAAUAAAGCAAAUAACUAUAGAAACAGGC